AUGAUGACACUGAACGCAAUCAUCAAUACUAUUAUAACAGCAAUAAGAUCAUUUUUACACAAAUGCAUCGAAACUUUGCAUAUCUUGUAUACUGAAAGAGAUAUUUUUGAAGCUUUAGCAAUUUGGUUAGGUAUUCCUAGAGGUUGUGGUUUAUAUUACAUUCAUCAUUCAUAUUACAACACAGUUUUUAGACCUCUUUGGAAAUUGGAUAGAUUAUCAUUUCCAAUAAGAUAUUAUUCAUCUAAUAAAUUGCAACAUAUAUAUGAAUAUAUUGAUAACUUCAAAAUAUCAAUGUUUAAAUCUUCUUUAAUGAAGACAGAUGAUGAGGAAGGUUUUGAAAAUAUAGAGUUCAAUAUUAUCGAUGAAUCCACUUCAAUUUACAAUGAGAACCCUAAUAAUAACUCUAUACUUCCAAUGGAAAUUUGGGAAUACAUUGCAUAUCAUGGUGAAAUUAAUUAUUCAAUUAUGCUGAGUAUUAAUAAGUCUUUUUUCUAUACAUUUGCACCGAAAGUUUAUGAUACAUUAAAAUUGACAAUUGUUUUAAGUCCAUUAACCAAGAUGAAACUUACCGAUGAAAGUUUCUUAAAGAAUGGAUCUGAUACUAUCAGGUAUAAAUAUUGUGAUUCAUAUUCAAUUUAUGAAAGGGAUCAAGAGAGUAAGAAAUUUGAUUAUGAAUUUUUAGAUACUACAAUUGAAGAUCAAGAUUUUUUCAAAUGUAAUGGUCCUCAAAAGAUUGCAAGACCACAACCCCCUGAUCCUAGAUCAAUGUUCCACAAAAAAGAGAGAUACAAUCAUCCAUUUGAGAUAAGAAGUUUAAAGAAGAUUCAACUCUUUCUAAAGAAUGUUUUACAAAAUCCAAACUCAAUAAUGAAAAAAUAUAUUAAAGAAAUUUUGGUAGAUAUAUGUAUGUUUCAUGGAUUUGAUAAACUUAUGACUAUGGAGAAAAGUUCAUCAGUGGAAGGAUCAUCUAGUGAACAUGAAUCAUUGGAAAAGUUGAUUUAUCAAGAAAUAAAACAGCAUGAACGUACUUCAGUUUUGAAUGUUGAUUCAGAUCAAGAGGAAAGCGAGCCUAUUGAUGUUGCACCUUUGGAUGAAAAUUUUGAUAGAAUUAGAUGGAAAGAUCCUCUUAGAGAUAAAGGACCAAGGUUUUACAGAUUUUCCCAUAAUGUUAGAACUAAAUCUGAUAUUGAUACUAUUAGAGAUGAUCUUCAUCACAUCUUCCCACAGAAUGUCUAUUUCAAAGAGUUGUUGAGCGUUUAUUUACUUUCUUCAGACAAAGCUUAUUCACACAUAUUGAGAAGAAGAUUAAGUCACUAUAUGAAUCCAAUUAAUUUCCAAAAAUUUAAUCCAAUAAAAAAUUGGAGUCGUACUGUUGUGGCUAACUGUAUUGAUAAAUUAGUAACUAGAGAGCCUGAUACGGCACGUUAUUUUAGAAUGAUUAUUACUGGACAAUCAUGUGUUAAAAUUACAAACCGUGAAUUUAAAACCAAACUUCAAGUUUAUGAAUUUCUAGAUGACUUGAUUAAAACUUUAACCAUCAAAUCAAAUGAUUAUAUACUGAAUAAUAUUCAAUCUUCCAUUCUGAUUCUAGGAAUCAAUGAUGGAAAACCUCAGGUUCCCAAAGAGUUUACCCAAAAUGCAUCAAUUAAUACUGAUGCUUCAGAUCUUAUUACUUUACUCAAAUUGAAUCCUGAAUUGAUUCUUAUAAAUAGAUUUAACGACAAUUACAGAUGA